UGUCCGCGAGGCAAGGGCGAAAGCACGCGCGACGGGUGUCGUCGAGGAGGAUAGUGCGUGCUGUACAAAGUGGCACGGCGACGUGCACAUUUGACGUCUGAUAGUAGACGUCUGGUAUAGUAGAAUUAUGGUGCGAACUACGAGGGAUCGAAUACUCGAUGCACCGUCCGUUGCUGCUACUCUGACGUUCACGUUGCUGCUGCUAGUCGAUCAAGUGUCUUCUAAGCUAUGUACUGGAGGGCAUGUAUGUUCUCCCCCAAAGGAUUGCUGUCCUUAUGGCUGUUGUUACAGUGUCUUUACACCAGUACAUUCUCAUGUUUCAGAAAUGUUCAAUUUUAUAAUUUGGUCUCAUUGGUAUCUAUGGAUAGCCAUGCUCACAGCUUUAGCUAUAGCAGCAUCAUAUGGCUUUUGGCUGUGGAAACGUCGCCGUUCGGCAUUGUCGGAAGAUGGCAUGUCCUCAGAAAGAACUUCCACAGGACCGUGGUACCCACCACCUCAUUAUAGCCGAUGUAGUUCCUUUGUCCAAGCACUACCACCGCCAUACAAUGAGGUGACUGCAAAACCAGACCUUUACCCCUUAGUAAUUGGCUACGACGAUAGUUCGGGCAAAGGUACUUCUGGUUUUGUAAUGCGCUACUUCAGAUCGUUGUCGCAUGCAAGCACAUUGGACUCAUUGAGCUCAAGUUUCAUGUGCAAUAUGGUAAACGAAGCGAAUACCAUUAUUCCACCGCCGUAUUCUUGUAACAACAGCGUUGACGAAUUAUCGGCGGCGGAGUGCGAGAGAAGAGAGAUCAGCGACGUUGGUUCCAUCGUCUCCUUGACAAAUCACAGAACGACCUCUGACAUAUCAAGCCUUGGUGCUCAAUCGCCUUGUUCUCCGCCGAGGGCUACCAGCCCAACGAUAGAAUUACGGGAAUUACUGGAUAAGAUACAACAACUUCCUCAUUUGUCCAAUGGACAUUCCACCACCAUCAAUUGCCAGCAGACUCAAGCCCCGGUCUUGUAUAUAACAAGUAGCGAUGGCAUUACGCAUCAACAACGGCCUUUAAGCCCCGGCGACGUCGGUUCCUACAAAGUCAGAAGAACCAGGGGCAAGCUGUACAUGCCGUUGGGAUUGCCGAAUUCACGAAGCAAAACGAAGCGAUGGUUGUCGCGGUCCGCACCAACAACACCCUCGGGUACAAUACCAAUGUCCUUUUUACCGGGACAAAGUAGGAGGCCCUCCGAGACCGACAACAACAAUCAGCAAGCGGUGCCGUUGCUCUACGAGCAAGACGAGAGCGAAAACAACAAUGCGGAUCAACCUCCCUCGUCGGGCGCACCAUUGCUCGCUGAACAAGAGGAAGAACGACAAUCGACAUGACACGGUAUCUAAACUGUUUGAUAUUCGACAUCGCAAUGACCUCGUGUAAGAAUUACUGACACACACACACACACACAGAUUUAAAUAUUUUUUAACAUGGCUCUGACACAUUCAUCAUGUGUGCCGUAUCAUAAAAUUAUACACAUUCGGGACGUAUUUAGAUAUCUACACAGCCUGCAAAAAAAUCUAAAUUUUAUUUAUAAUUUCGUUAGGAUUAUAGGAAUAAUACGUAUGUAUUAUACACAGAUAAAAUACGAUAUAUGUAUAUACAGAAAAGAUGGUUUUGCUGAAGUGUCUAAAAAUUUAGCUGUAAAUACAAAUCUGAAAAAUUAAAUUUAUCGAAUCGUCAAAAUAAUUAUGUUGAAUGCUCAAGUUGCUGGACUGUCAAAACUUUUUGUAGCAUCAUGUUUGAAUGUCUUACAUAAUUAUUUUGAUGACAACAAAAUUAUUUUUUCAGAUCUGUAUCUAAUUCAAUUUUUACAUUAUACUCAACAAAUCUAUUCUUUACGCGCGCGCGCGCUUAUUUUUUUCCAUGCUUAAUUUUUCACAUAUGUCUAAUACUGUAAAUUUAGUGAUAACUGUCAAAUUUAGAUAUAAUUCUAAAUCACAAACAUGUAAACAUGCAUACGUCUUAUAGAUACGCCCCGAAAGUACUUGAUAUGACAGGACACGCAUGACGCCUAUUAUACGAGAUACUGUUAAUCGAAAUCGAUUUUCCGACUGUUAAACAAUAAAUGCCGCCUACCUUUUUAAACUAAAAAUCUCAAGAAAUUUGAAAGGACUGUUACGGCUGUCUUCGGCGCAGUGACUUAAUAAGGCCUUAUCCGCAAUUUUAGAAUUCAAUUCUACCGUCACAUUCUUGAAUACUUACAAUUUUAAACAUAUUAAUUCUUUAGCUGUGGAACGUUUCAAAUGCAAAAAACCGUCCUCUGUGCAGAACGAUAGUUACAAGUCGGUCACUGAAACACGAUCGGUUCUAUUAAAAAUAGAAUCGCGUGGAUAAUUUAAAUGCUCCAUAUAAGAUACUUUUGCAAACAUGAUGUUUGAAAGAAUAUAAGAUCGCAGACUUAAUGCGACACUUUUCUAUCACAAGCAUAUUUUCAUUAAAUCUUAGGAAAUAAAUCAUUAUUAAUGACAACACAGAGUAAAUAACAAACAUAACAUAUAAAUGUAACACAUUUUUAAUUAUAAGUGAAUAAAUCAUUAGUUUAGUCUAUUAA